CUGCGACAAGGCCCACUCACAAAAUGACCGUCGGCCCCGCGAGAGCACUUCUGUGGGGCGGCCUCACGGUGGUGUACCAUCACCCACGUGCCGUUGUGGAUGCGACGGUGCAGCUCAUCAUGGACAGUCCACUCGUCCUUCCUGUGUACGCUGCAGCUAUCAUGAACGACAGUCAGGCCGAGAUUGCAACACGUGCUGCAUUGACCGCCCUGGCACUGACGGUUGCCCUUGCUCGAACGUCAGCGUCGCCGCGGCAUUGGUUGGUCAUCACAGGUCUCCUCGUUGUUGUGAAUACGUUUGCCGUGUAUGCUAUUUCGGCGGACUUGUCCCUUCCUAACUUGAUGUGGUCCCCUGCUGUGCAGCAAGCAGCGAUGAACGUUCUUGCGACCGGGUCGUAUUCAUUGCUCCUGGCCGUGGGAUUCUUUGCACCGACUCCGGAAUAUCACCAUGCGCACCGUCAAAGGAAGUAUCGCGACCAAUUGAUAGCGUUUUACGCUGCGAACAACCCGUCGAAGCUCGAUGCUGUGGACGACCUGCUGCGCCGAUUCCGGUUGCACGAAGAAGUCCUGUUCACGCGCUUGAAACGGAAGUACCUUGACGGCAACACAUCGGAAACGGUCGACAGUGAGGAAAGCAGCGACGAGGACGACGAUGUCAGCGACCGCGUGUCCAAACGAGCCCCCCAUGUUGGCGCUGCGAUCCAACACGAGGAAGGAACGAACGACAACGAUGCAGAGGAGGAGUCUGGCACUUUUGAGCGCGCGGACAUUGCGCCAAAGGUCCAAGACGCCAUUGAAGAGGUCCGUGCUGCGCAAAACGCCCGCGUCGAGGCACGUAUUCGACGCAUGAAGAAGUAAAUUGCUACGCCGUCAUUAACAUCAUGGCUUGAAGGCAUCGUGCAUCCAGCAUGAGUCUUCUCUAGUGUUACGUGUCAUGAACGCUAUGCAGUGGGGGAAUGCUAUGGGGUGUGCCAGAACAAGAAUUCUCUCCACCCUCCAGCAACCCCCAUUCGUUUGACAUUUGUCAGAGCAGGUCAUGGAGGAAUUGCUCAGCAAUGGGUCUCAUAGAAGGAGCA